CCAGCACCAUGCUGCUCAGAGCACCCCCCUCACUGCUGUCUGGCUGGCCCUUCUACUCAGCUGCGGGUAGUGAAGCCAAACCAAACGGAUCCAAGAACAAGAAACCAAAACAAGUGGUUCCAGCCAUAGAGUGUGACGUCCGGGCGGGGAAGAUCAACCUCCCAGAAUUCAUAGCUAAAUGCCCGUCUGACUGUAAACAGACAAAAAGUCAGGUUUAUGGGACAGGAGUCUUCGCUUCCAUCUCCAGCAUCUGUAAUGCUGCCAUACACAGCGGUGUCAUCACUAACUCAGGGGGUAAAGUGAUUGUUAGGAAGAUGGCUGGACAGAACAUCUAUAAAGGCUCUAACUCCCACGGGCUCCGAUCUCUGUCUCUGCCCAAGUGGAGAGAGUCCUUCGUUGUCUCAGUUGGUAAGCCAAAGAAAGGAGUCAUCUAUCCGUCUUCUCUGGACUAUAUUCCCUCGAGACCUACCUACAGCAAAACAGGUCAGAAAGAGACCAAAGCCCCUGUGGUCACUACCGUAAUGCCGGCUACAACGCCAGAACCCACCAGGACUACCACACCUCCACCCACUACGACCACCACCACACCUCCACCCACUACCACCACAACCCUCCCACCCACCACCACUACUACAACAGCCAAGCCCCGCGCUGCUGUCCACAAAGCCAGGGAUACAGACAGCAGUCAUCCGUACUUUGCGUCUGUAGCAGCAGCCUCCAGUGCAAGGCAGUCACAGAAUGGCCACGGAAAGGUGACAGCCCAAGCAAUCAGAGGCGGUACCUACACCAGUAGGUUUCCAUCACGAGUCAAAGCAGGUAUACGGAGACCAGAGGCUGUCGGGUCUCCUACCAUCAGGAGACAACCAGCCCCCGGCCACCACUCCGGGACAGCUUUCAACCGAGUUGUUCAGAUGGUCCCAGCGGAGAGGAACCAGCAGCAGCAACAGAACAACCCCACUUUGGCUCGUAGGGAUAGGCCGCCCACUUCCUUCGCACGACCUGAUUGGUACCCUGGAGCGAGACGGCCAACAGACGUAAGUCAAGCAGCUCCAGAUUCAGGCUACACAUGGAGCGAGGCGGAGACAGCGCCAGAGAUGACAGCACCCCAGUCCACAGACCCCGAGCCACAAGACACAACUCAAUCUAGAGUGGGACCAGUGGACUCCUGGAAACCAGAAGUGCACCCUUUUGAUUCAGGAUUCAGUGUGAGAGAGCAGGACUCACUACCCCGGGCCGACCCAGAGCCUGUUACUCAGGGAGACCCAAACUGUAAAGUUGACAUAGCAUGGCUGAUGGACGGUAGCUGGAGUAUUGGGAAACGUCGCUUUAAGAUCCAGAAGGACUUCCUGGCUGAGGUGGCACAGGUCAUCAACGUGGGCAUGGCCGGACCCAUGAUGGGCGUCAUCCAAUACGGAGAUGAUCCGGUCACAGAGUUCAGUCUGAAGGCCUAUACUAACUCCAGAGAGCUGAAACCUGCCAUAGACAAGAUCACACAGAAGGGAGGGAUGUCCAACGUGGGGAAGGCACUCUCCUAUAUCAACAAACAUUACUUCAGCGACGCCAACGGUAAUCGGGGCGGAGCACCCAACGUGGCUGUGGUUCUGGUAGACGGCUGGCCAACCGACAAGGUAGAGGAGGCAUCACGCCAGGCCAGAGAGUCUGGUAUCAACAUCUUCUUUGUGACCAUCGAGGGACCCGACGAGAACGAGAAGCAGAAUGUGGUGGAGCCGAACUUUGUGGACAAGGCGGUGUGUCGAACCAACGGUUUCUACUCCCUACCCGUGUCGAGCUGGUUCGCCUUGCGGAAGGCAGUCCAACCCCUUGUCAAGCGCGUGUGCGACACCGACCGUCUCGUCUGCAGCAAGACCUGCCUUAACGCAAACGACAUCGCCUUCGUCAUCGACGGAUCCAGCUCUGUGGGCACCGGGAACUUCCGGACCGUCCUGCAGUUCGUCGCUAACAUCACGCGGGAGUUUGAGAUAUCGGACACGGACACACGAGUCGGCGCAGUACAGUAUACGUACGAACAACGGCUGGAGUUUGCCUUCGGCCAACACAACAACAAGGCUGAUCUGCUUAAUGCCAUAAAGAGGAUUAAUUACUGGAGCGGUGGGACCAGUACUGGAGCGGCUAUCACCUACGCAGCAGAGCAGCUGUUCAGCAAGUCCAAACCCAACAAACGCAAGAUCAUGAUCGUUAUCACCGAUGGGAGGAGCUACGAUGAUGUCAGAGCUCCAGCGUUGGCCGUCCAUCGGCAAGGUGUGAUAGCGUACUCCAUCGGCAUCGCCUGGGCAGCGCAGGACGAGCUGGAAUACAUCGCCACCGACCCCGACAAGGAGCACUCCUACUUCGUAGAUGAGUUUGACAGCCUCUACAAGUUCGUCCCCAAGGUGGUCAAUAACAUCUGUCAGGAGUUCAACUCACAGCCACGCAACUGAGCUGAGCAGGGAGGGCACCUUAUUCCCUAUAUAGUGCACUACUUUUGAACAGGGCCCCUAGGGCCAGGGCCAGACCCACCUUGCUUACGUACACCUAUACUUAUAAAUCUGUGCUUACAUAAAGGAAACAAGGAAGGAAGGAAGAAUAAGUUUGUAAAGUUUUGAAACAGGGGCUUAGGGGCUGUAGGGAGGGGGUUAGAUAUUUGUAUUAGGAUCCCCACAAGCUAAUUAGCAGCACUAUCAUGGAGACAGGACAGGGGCUCUACAAAAUGUAUUACCGGUUGUAAUAGUUGGUGCUGAAUGGGCAAUAGUUUAAUUCCCAUGGGAGGUUAUUGGUUUGACGGCAGUGGGUGUACGAGCAUUAAUAAAAAUUGGCUCACAACGAUUAAACUUUGGCCAUGUGAUCUCAACUGUUGUUGGUGUUCUAGUAACAGUCAGGGACGGGAGGGUGUUUAAUGUUCUCACUCCUAAUCAUGUAACAUAACUGAUGAAAAAGUAAAACCACCUGGACGUGGUGCUUACCAGGGUUGAGGUCAAUUCAAAUCUAAGGCAGUCAAUUCAGGAAGUAAACUGAAAUUCCAAAUGAUAAUUUUUCAAAAGUGCUUUUAUUUUCCACUUCUUAAUAAACUGUAAAAGGAUAAACUAUUAAUUGGUCAAGUUUAACUUUUUUUUUUUAAUUAAAAAAUUCAAAUCACUUCCUGAAUUGGCUGACUGAAAUUUGAAUUGAGCCCAACCUUCAUGCUUACAGGAAAAACUAUAAAGCCUAGACUACUUCUUCUGUCUUAACACACAAUCUGCUGCUUAUAGCGAGACAUAGCCUUAUGGGGACAUGGCCUUAUGGGGACAUGGCGCUUAUAGAGAGUCAUAGCCUUAUGGGGACAUGGUGCUUAUAGAGAGAC